AUGAAAUUUAAUAAGGUUUCAUCUGCUAUUUUUGCUGCUAGUAUUUUUGGAAUAAUUGUGGCUGAGCAGAGGUAUGAGUGUGACGACGUAACGUUUAGUAUGGAUUAUAUCCUUCGCACAGCCAAUGCAGUCAAAACUUAUCCAUUUCACUCUGUCAAUCAUUACCCCAGAAAAUAUGUACGUGCAAGCCAAGGAAGGGGACGGGAAAAUUAUAUCGAAUUUCCACUAUUACCUUCAGAAGAUAUUUGGAGAGGAGAAGCAUUUGACCACUACCUCUUGAUGAGCCCACAAUUUGACACAUUCAAUGUCUAUUCCUAUCUAAAAAAUCAUUAUGAAUGUGAUAUUAAAUAUGACUGA